CCAAGAAAACCCAAAAGAAAGAAAGAAAGAAGAGCUCAAUGCUGACCACCACCACCUGUGGCUCUGAACCCAUCACCAUGAAAACGUCGCCGCCGCCGCCGUCCUCCUCCUCAGCUCCAGACCCAUCUUCUCUCCUCGGUUUCGGCUACUCCAAGAUCUCCCUCCCUCUCCACCACCACCACCACCCUCAACCCCUUCUCCGCCGCUGCAUUUCCGACCCCUACACUCCUCCGGCGCCGCCGCAAACCAACCCAUUUCUCUCCGCCGGUCACUCUCCCGAUCGCAACCCACCCAAGACUUCCUCCCCGUUCCCGACCCACUUCAACUCCUCCCUCCCGCCUCUCCCUCCGCCGCAGGCGCCGACCCUCCGCCGCUCCGUCUCCGAUCUCAACCCCUCUCCGGCCAAGACCUUCUCCCGCUCCUCCAGCUCGAACGAGAUGUCCGUCGAGACUGACUCCGACACCCCCAAUUCCAAGAGGCUGAAGAGGAUGAAGGGUCGCCUGAAAGAGAUGAGUGAGUGGUGCAGGCAGCUCAUGCGUGAUGAAGAUUUGGAACAGGAUGAAGAACUUGAAAUUGGAGCCGGUCAAGAUAUUCCUGACAUUGAUGCCACUCGAGAUAUUCCCAAUGACACUUCUACUGAGGAUAGCAGUGAGAAAGAAUUUUCAGAAUCUGUGAGUGUGGAGAAGAAGGAUGACUCUCUGGUCAUUCACUUCAGGUGCCACUGUGACAAAGCCUAUCAGUUCCUUCUAAAUGGAGGUGACUGCUACUACAAGCUCAUGUAGAUGCAGAGCCGCUCACCGUUCUUGGGUUUGAAUUUCAUACACUUGCGGUUCUUUUCUUAACAACCGAAUUCAGUCACAGUUGCCCCAUUCUUGUUUUAGACCAUACCCUUUUAGAUAAAGCACCUAUAAUACCUAGAUUUCAAUUCUUUACAAAGAUUCUUUCUAGAUGAAAUCUACUUCUGUUACAGUGCUUAUCAACCUUAGAUUUUCUUCUUUAGUGAUAUCCUACCAAUUCAGGAAUAGUGCUCAUUUUUAUCCUUUCCCCCCAUAAUAGUUCCUCUUCUGUAAAAACCCAUUUCGGAUGAAGCACUCAUAGUUUGAAGUGUCAGUUGUACAAAUUGGUGGUUUAGAUGGAUGACCAAUCUUCUGGUUGGUAGUGAAUUUGAGAAGCUGAUGUAACGUACUCUGUUGAUUUCUUUAGUGCAAGUAAAUGAAUAAAAUUUUUCCCGACU